UGUGACCCUCUCUUCGGUACCUUCCCUCUGACUGGACGUGGGGAGCAGAAGGAUGGAGCACUGUGGACCCUUGUCAAAGACCGAGCCUGUUCAGGGAAGAGGCCAGUGAGCUGCAGUCUGACCAUCAUAGCUGCCAAGGACGAUGAAGCUGAAUGAGCGAAGUGUGGUGCAUUAUGCCACAUGUGACUCUCCGACAGACCAUGCCGGCUUCCUCCACAAGCGUGUCGAGCGGCACCACCAUCACCACCACCACCACCACACCACUUCCUACCACCGUCGCUGGUUCAUCCUCAAGGGCAACCUGCUGUUCUAUUUUGAAGAUCGUGAGAGCCGGGACCCUCUCGGGCUUGUUGUGCUGGAGGGCUGCACCGUGGAACUGUGCGAGGCUGCCGAGGAGUUUGCCUUUGCCAUCCGCUUUGAUGACGCUGGCGCCAAAGCCUACGUGCUGGUGGCCGACUGCCAGGCCGCCAUGGAGGGAUGGGUGAAGGCACUUUCGCGAGCCAGCUUUGACUACAUGCGUUUGGUGGUGAGAGAGCUGGAGAAGCAGCUGGAGGAUGCCCGUAAGAGCUUGGCUGCCUGCCACAGAUCUCCAAGGAAGUCGUCAUCUGGCAGAAAAAGGCAUUUGUCCAAUCCUGCUAUGGCGCUUGUCCAGGAACAGCCUCCCAUCUUGGAGAACGGUUACUCCACAUGGGGCAGUGGUUACAUUCCUGCAGGGGCCUCCUGCUCUGACCAUGAUGGGGGGUGUUCCAAACCCCCGCCCCUGCCUCCUCGCCGGCGCUUGGCAGCUGGCAGUGGAGGUGGAGCACUCACCACUGGCCUCUCUUUGGCUGGGCAGGAAAGCCCCGUGUCUCCGGAGACAGCCUGUUUCUCCAAGCUACACAACUGGUAUGGUCAGGAGAUUGCGGAGAUAAGGAGGGAGUGGCUGGAGAGCCAGAGGAGUGGGGAACUGUGAACUGGGGAAGGCAAGGCAAGGCAUGGAGUGACACCAAGCCCAUUUUGACACUAUCGUGGUGCUUGGUGACCUCUCUCCCAUCCAGGAAAAUAGCCAAAUAAGUGACAAUGUUUUCUCUCCUUCCUUUCUGGAAUCAUUGCAUGCUGGGUGGGUGGAUGAGUGUGGGAUCUAGGAGAGACACAGAUCUUCCCAAGACCUCAUUUUCACCUCUGGGGCCUCAGACAGUGUAUGUUCCCCUGAGGAAUAUUGCAGCACAGCUGUAAAAUGUCAGGAACUCUAUAUUUUGAAUCUGGGAUGCAGAUUGGGUGGGGUGGGGUGUGUGUGACCAGACUUGCAUACACAAAAUGGUCAUCGCCCUGCUUCUGUUCAGGUGGCUGUUUUUAUUCCCUACCAAUCUGGAGUAGUGGAUGGAGUGGUGUGUUUUUUACUGGUAAGCCUUCUUUGAGUAAUCCGUUACGAUUUAUCACCAGCAGCUGAAUGUUUGCUUAGGUUAGAGGUAAGGAGCAUCUAUUGCCUGUUAGCUUUUAGAAAAUGGCUUCUUAUGUCACCCUCACAUUCCUUCUGAACCCCAGAGUAAUCAGUGGUGAAUUAAGACUGGAUUGAACAGAGUGUCUGAACUGGGCCCUUUGCUCUGAAGAGUACCUGAAGGUUUGUACCUCUCGCACUACUCACUGGCCUGGCCUCAAGCAGAUUUGGGGCCCCAUUGUUUUGGCUGGUCCAUGGGCCUAUUUCACCUUACUCGGUCCCCGAUGGUGUUUUACCCCAGUCUCAGUCUAUCUGAUUUGAAUGGGCUCAGAUUUAUGGAUAUAGGACUCCCAGCCUUCAAAACUAGGAUCAGAUUCUUAUACAGUAUAUCCAGUAAUGCAUUAUAGUAUAGGUUGGCUAAAGAGAAGAAACAUAAAAGGCCACCAAAGGAUUCUGGAUCAUAUGGUUGUAUCAAGCAUGAGGGCAGGUGUGACUCAAUAACCAGUAAUUAUUUACGCAAGUCUGUGGUACCAACUGCCCCUCCCCCAAGAAAUUCUUGACAGAGGUGGGGGGUGCAGGGAUCUGUGGGUCAAUGUCCAUCUCAUUGCAUAUUAUAGAAUUAGCAUAUCUACAAGUGUAUUUUAGGUGCCGUAGUAUUUAUGGAGGAUAAGGGGAUGCAGUGAGGGGUAGGGGCAUGGUGAUACUUGGGUGCGCACCACCUGUCACUUUCAUAGGCACAAAAAAAAACCCCAAACCAAACCCUGCUAAACCCAUCAGUCAGACUUGCAGAGACCCCACAAACUUAUAUAUUUCCCUCUCUGAAUGUGAGCUUGGAAUUAAAACUCCCAGAGAGGCAGCAAAUUCUGGACUGAACCAAAGGUCAGGAGACCAGAACUCCCAAAUUCUAAUCUAGCUCUAGCACUGAUAUACUGUGUGGCCUUGGCCAAGUCAAUUAACCUCAGUCUCCCCUUCUGUAAAAUGGGGAUAAUAAUACUUCUCUACCUCCCAAAGGCUUCUGUUGUUAACCUCAGUACAGUGCGUUGUUGUGCAAAGUGUUGUAUGUGGUACAUGGUCACAGUUCUUGGGGUAUGGCUGAGGACACUCAUUGUCCAGAGCCACAUUUUGGCUGGAUUUUUCUGAUGAUAUUGUAGCUGAGACCCUCCUCCCAAAAGUGGGGCCUCAUCACUGGAACACACGCAUACAACGUGGAAGGGGAGGAGAAAAUCAGUGGAGGACGGACAAAGAUAAUUGUGCACUCUGUAGGGAUGGGGCAGAGAGGGAGGGGCAUAAAGAGAGGCAUUUGGGAUGAAGAGAGAUUCACCAGUGUGUCCCUCUGGUUUUAUGUCGCUGCUGAUCUCAGUGGAGUUUCACCCGCUCAGAAGUGGACUAACUCAGUGAUGAAUCAAGCUUCAAUAAAUGAAGAUGAGUUGAGAGAAAGGCUGCUAGGCCACAAAUUGCUGUUAAAAAGGCAGUUGGGCUUCUGGGAGAUAAAGAUACAUGGACAAGGAGAGCAAAUAGUCUGGGGACUGUGUAAAAAGCUGGUGGCAAAUAAUGCAGAGAUAGUAUUUAUCAUUUUCCUACUCUUUCCUUUUAUCCUCUUACUAAGAACUUUGUUUCAGAGCAGAACACGUUGCGCAGACCCCUGCUACCAGCCAAAGAAUUUUUAAACAAUGUUUUAAAUUACAUGUACCAUUAAUGAACCAUACUGUGAGAGCAAUGAGCAUCUCCGGCUUGUGGCUACUGGUGCACUUCUUGGCUGGUUGAAGCAUUCAGCCUUGUUCUUCACAAUGUGCAGGAGAAAUUUCCAAAGGCACAAAGGGAGUCACGCCCCCAACUUCCAAUGCUUCAGCUGCCUGACCGCCCUUUGUGCCUUUGAAAAUCCCAAAUGGCGUGACUUUGAACUGUGAACAACAUUUUUAUCUCUUAUUCACUGCUGCAUUUCGGUUUCUUUAUAGCAUUCUUUGGCUGAAAUCCCCACCCCUUUCCCUGUAUCAUAUCUACUGCAUUCAUGAGUUAAAGGGGACACUGCUAACUAGUGCAGACUCCAAUUUCUGUUUUGUCCUGGGGUUUUUUGGUUGGGGUUGGGGAUGCAGAAAGUGUUUAUAGAAGUUAAUAUGGAGAGAAAUAUUUUUGAGACUUUUUAAAGUCCAUCAAAAGCAGCUGUAUUUGGAAGGUUAAGCCUUCCCUGUCACUAUUGGAAACCCAAAGACACCAGCACUUUGCUGGUGCCUGAGAACCAAGAAGUAAAAACGAUUGAAAGAGAAAAUAAGUAAUCAAGCCAGUUUUGCUGUUGGAGCUGAAAUUGGAAUAGUAUAAUUGAUUUAAGUCUGUUUGAUUUUUAAGAUUCUUCUCGUUUUAAUAAGACUAAGUAGUGUUAGUAACACUUCUAAAAGCUUUAUUUUAAUAUUUUUAUUUUGCCUAUCCCAUUACAUAGUUUUCACGCUAUCUGGCUUCAUAGCUAGUGUGUGAGCUAAAUAGUUAUCUUGGAGUGUGACCCACAGUGUUAUCUUCAAGCAUCCAGUGUUUUUCUAAUGAUUUUUUUGGUCUUUAUAUCCCUAAGUCCUGUGAACCAGGGGCAGAAUACCAGUGUUUGUGUUUGGGAUAAUUUUGCUUAUUAAUGAUCAGAAACUAAAACAUUGAGUGAUAUUUGUGCCUGCUCUACAAAUGUUUUUGUGACUUCAUUUGGUUAUGGUGCAGCAUGACUUUAGAUGCAUUGAUUUAGGGUUUUCCUCAUCCCUUUCCCACCUCAGUUCCACAGUAGGUAUUGGCACCUGGUGUCUUUAAAAAAAAUCACAUUUGGGUCUGUGCAAAGAUCUGCUCAUGUGUAGUUACUUUUCUUUGCUGGGUGAGCAAAGGCAAGUGCUCCUUUAGCCAGGGGAUCAACUAGCGGGUGUGUGUGUGUGCGCACCACUGCCCUCUAUUGGAUAGAAUAUCAAACCUCCUUAUCAGUUCUGCUGGCUAUGCCGUUGAACUGCUCCCUAGGCAGAAGGUCAGGAUUUCUGUUUCCUGAUAUUGCAGUUGAGUUGGUUAAUGGACCAUGCUGCCUUUGUAUCUUCAGACACAGAUCAUUACAGGGCAAGGGAGACAGGUCAUUGCCUGCCAGAACAGUCUCCCCUGCAAGAAACUGAGACCUAGCUUUUAGCCAAACUUUUUGUCACCCAAUCAUUCAGGUUGGGGCUGUUUAUUCUUUUAUUCCUCCCCCCCCCUUCACUAUUCUUAAUCAAUGAAAAUCUCUGACCAGAACAGAAUUUCUAGCAAAAGAGGAUUUAAUAUUUUAAAGUUUGAUGGCUGUCCCUCUGAAGAUAUUCAAGAUGCUGUCUUUUGCAAUAAAUCUUUGGUACAAUAUGAAAAGCUCUUUCUGUCAUAUACGGGAGGAAAAUGCUUGAUAAUAUUUCAGUAAUGGAGGGAGGCUGGUGGUUCUUCAUGAGCUCUGCCAAAGAUUGGGUCUGAUCCUGCCAAAGUAAUAAUUGAAGUCGCAUUCUUCUGAGGAAGGGUUUUCAUCUCCAGACCUGUUUGCUUUAUAGCUUUAUUUACCUACACUUUGUUGUAAAAAAAACACCACUAUGACGUUUACCACUUGGUUCAAAUUGAGACAGGGCUGAUAGUAACCAAAAUAUGUCAUCUGGUGGACCCAUGUGAAUUUAGGGUUGCAGACUAUUUCCCAGUGGCAUAUUUGUUCCCAGCCAAUUGUAGUGGUUUUUUGUGAUGUUUUAAUAGAGAGGCCAAAGGUUCAAAUAGCCAUGGAGACUGACCUGCUGCUCACCCACACAGGUGGCAUCUCCCAGAUGAGUAACAGGAGGUGAUGGUCGGAAGCUUGCACCUACGGUGUAUUUGGUCUGUGGAUUAAGUGGAGAUAAGUCUCCAGUGCUGCUAAUCUAGCAUCUUUCGCCAGCACCAAAUUCCCUUGUAAAGUCUGUACAAUUUAACAAAGAACACUAAAAACAACUUGCAGUAUGUUUCUCCCUAGUUAUCUUGAAGUGUUUAAGUACUUUAAGUAGAUAUUGUAUUUUUUUUUUAAAGAAGGCAGUUUUGCAUGGCCUUUAUUUUACAUAAAAACAGUAUAUUAUUGUGCAUUUAAGUGUUAACAUUUGUAUUUUAAGCUAGUAAUGCUAAAUAAACAGUUUUUGAAUUUGUAA